UCUCCCGCGCCGGGCCGGUCCGGGUCGUCGUAGCCCAGCUCACAACGGGCAGGCCCAUUAGGGAAAACCCUGUGGGCCAAGCUGCGGCCAUGCCCAUGCGGUUGUAGGAAUGGGCAGCGUCUCGCCGUUUGCGGCGCGAGGCAAGCGUGUCGUGCUCCUACUAGGGCACGUCUCCCUCGAGGCUUCUCCGGCCACCACGUUGCCGCCCGCCUCCGACCACCACACCAAUCAGAUUCCACCGGCGGGAAGCUGCUCCGGUACUACUUGUGUAGCGCCCACGCUACUCGCGCUGCAGUAGUAGUGUCGGACCAGGCGAUCAGCUGUGUGGGAAUGGACGCGGAGGGGUUGCUGGCGUCGGCGUCGAUCAACCUGGGGCUGGCGCUGGUGGCGCUCUCGCUCUUCUCCCUUCUCAAAAAGCAGCCGGGGAACGCGCCCGUUUACCGGCCCCGGCGGAUGGCGGCCGGCGAUAGUGGUGGGGGCUUGCUGCCUCUCGGACACGGGCGGCUAACCCCGUCGUUCCGGUGGAUCGGCGCGGCGUUCCGGCUCUCCGAGGACGACGUGCUAAGGCGCCACGGACUCGAUGCGCUCGUCGUCAUCCGACUCUUCAAGUUUGGGAUCAAGUGUUUCACUGUUUGCUCAGUUGUUGGGCUAUUGGUCCUAGCUCCAACAAAUUAUACGAGUGAAGGUCCAGACCACAUCAGAAGAUCAAAUUCCAUGGAACUUUUCACGGUUACCAAUGUGGCUAGGGGAUCUAACAGGCUUUGGGUGCAUUUUUCAUGCCUUUGCUUUAUAUCCUUUUAUGUGGUAUGUUUGCUUCAUAAGGAACACAAAGAAAUAACCAGGAGAAGAAUUGAACACCUAAAGUAUCACAGCAAACGACCUGAUCAAUACACCAUUUUAGUUCAAGGAAUUCCCAAAUGCCCAGAUCAUGGAACUUAUGGGUGUUAUGUUGAUCACUUCUUCUCAAAGCACUAUCGGUCAUACCAAGCAUAUCAAAUAGUACAUGAUAUAGGAAACAUUGAGGCACUGCAGAAGUUGGCAUCCUCCAUUGAGAAACAGAUAAAGAGGAAAAGAGAGACCAGAAAAUGUACUUUUUGGCAAUGGAUUUGGUUCAAGUUUACAUCAGAAGCAAUAAAUAUUUGCAGCCAAGAAGAAAAACUAAAGGAUGUACAGCAGUCUAUCCGCCUCAUGCAGUGUGAAAAUAUGCUUAAACAAAAGGAGGUACAAGUAGCAUUUGUCUCAUUCAAAUCCCGGAUGGAUGCUGCCCAAGCUGCGGAGAUGCAACAACUUUUCAAUCCGCUGUCAAUGGUUACAACUUAUGCUCCUGAACCAACUGAUACAAUAUGGAAAAAUUUGGCCAUUCCAUUUUGGCGCAUGGCUACGUACAAACUUGGAGUCUUCGUUGCUGCAUUUUUGCUAACGGUGUUCUUCACCAUCCCUGUGACAGCCGUGCAGGGGAUAGUGCAAUUUGAGAAGAUUAAAAGGUGGUUUCCACCAGCGAGAGCUGUGCAGCUUAUACCAGGUUUGAAUUCUGUUGUGACUGGGUAUCUUCCGAGCAUGAUCUUAAAUGGCUUUAUUUACUUGGUUCCCUUUGCGAUGCUUGGUAUGGCUUCAUUUGAAGGUUGUAUUUCCAACAGUCAAAAGGAAAUUAAGGCUUGCAACAUGGUGUUCUACUUCUUGCUUGGAAAUGUUUUCUUCCUUAGUAUUCUUUCGGGUUCUCUCCUUGAUCAGAUAGGAGAAUCCUUUACGCACCCAAAGGACAUCCCUAGCCGACUUGCAAGUGCUGUUUCUGCACAGUCAGAUUUCUUCAUCACAUACAUUUUGACCAACGGCAUGUCAGGGUUUUCGUUGGAGGUUCUUCAGUUUGGUUUGCUAACAUGGCAAUUCUUAAAGGUGCAUUCAGUUGGACAUGGCGAGGAGCCAUAUCUCUAUGGAUUCCCUUACUACAGAGUUGUGCCCAUCAUUUCCCUUGCAAUCUUGAUUGGAGUGGUUUAUGCUGUAGUUGCACCCCUUCUGCUUCCAAUUCUUCUGAUUUAUUUUCUUCUCGGUUAUGCAGUGUACACAAACCAGAUGGAAGAUGUAUAUGAGAUCACGUAUGAUACAUGUGGACAAUAUUGGCCCAACAUUCACCACUACAUAUUCCUAUCUGUAACACUCAUGCAAAUCACGAUGAUUGGGUUGUUUGGGCUGAAGUCCAAGCCAGGAGCUUCAUUUGCCACCAUUCCCUUGCUUGUGUUGAACAUUCUUUUCAAUGAGUACUGCAAGGUCCGGUUUCUUCCAACUUUCCACCAUCGACCAGUCGAGAUUGCCAAGCAGAAUGAUGAACUUGAUGAGGGUGUGGGGAUAACUGAAGGCGAUCUGGAUAAUGCAAUUAGUGCUUAUAAGCCACCGUGGAUGCGUCCGACAAACCUGGAAUCUAGUUAUGUACAAUCUUUGAUCCGCUCUGCUGCUGCAUGAUAGCACCUGUGAUGCUGGUGCCAAUGUCAGUUUUGCAAACACUAUGGAUUUUUCCCAGUGACAUCCUGUAACUUUGAGAUUAGAUCUCAUGUUGGCUGCCGUAGGUGUUGCCGUCUUCUACGUAAGCUGUGAACUACGCACUUUCUCUACAAACUGAGCUGACACCGACGUGGAGUCUAGUUGCUGGUCAGCUCUGCAAGCCUGUGCAUCAGUAGAAAUACAGUUUUAACGGCCAUAACCUGAAUAGGAAAAUUAAACUGGCCACAGUUUUGCCCCUUAGUGUAGGUUUCCAUGUUCCUGACGUCGAACAGUCGGAAGAAACAGUGGUAGCCAAAGCAGAAACGGUAAUAGGUGCAC